AUUUAUUCCUGAACUAUCUGUCCUCUAUCCAUAUUGUCUACAGUAUUUUCGACACUUCCUGCACUGGAUCCCAACUUAAACCUUUGGAAAAUCCACCUCAUCUUACUUUGCUGAAUACAUUACCAAUGUGCUCCGCUUCUGUGGGACCGCAGGGAAGUGAAUUCAGGAUGAAGCUCCUGUCUAUGUAGAGAAGAUGGAGAGCCAGGAAGCAGCAGAUGAAGCCAGCGUUCUGGAGUCAAAAACUGAUAGCUCCUCAAAGCAGCACACAGGCGAGGGAGCUCCACUCUCCCCAGGGGCAGAGGUCGGAGGAAGUGUAGAGCGGGCAGAACCUGAAGGGUUCCAGUUCUACCACAUGGACCUCUAUGAACCCAGGGGACGCUUGGAGAUUUUUUCAGACAAACAGUCAGAAGCUGGAGCAGAUGAUUAUCAUCCGUCAGCCCUGCAGGAUGCAGCAGUAGGCGACCCUUGUAAUCAGGAGGGGCCAAAGGAAGAGCUGCUAAGCUUUGGUAGCUACCGAGGGGACUAUGGCUGCUCGCCUUCUCCAGAAGCAGAGUUUGGUACUCGUCAGAAGUUUAUAGAAUUUUCCAACAAUUUCCCUGUGGAUAAACAGUUUGAUCCGUUCCAGCAAAUUGUCGAUUAUUCGGAAAGUGCGAGUCAGUACAGUGAAGGUCUGCUCAGUCCAGGGUCAGAACCAAGCGGUCUUGAAGAAUCUGAGGCAGAGGUUGCCACGGCCCAGUGUGGAGAACAUGUGGCAGAAAGGGUCAGAGCUCUCAGAACACUCAGAAACACGGAGUCAGACUACGAGGAGAUUGUCCAGGACUCGGUCCCUGACAUUUAUUGUCGGUCAUGUGAUGUCCCUAUUCCCGCUUUUGAGAAGCUCUUUGGAUUCCACAAACACCAUAGCGUGAUGCCAUUAGCAGAAGGUGCAUCAGUUGCCAAGCUUGAGUGUCAGAACAAUCUGAAGAAACUGGAGAACCAGCUCAUACAGAUGGAGACAUUUUCUAAUCACCUGGAGGAAAUCUUUGUCACUGUUGAAGAGAACAUUGGUAAACAGGAACACUACCUUGAGCUGCAGUAUGAUGAUUUGAUGCAGUGCUUGGUUCAGCGUUUUGAGGACGGGAGCCAGGGUCUGCAAGAGCAGAAGAACCUGAAACUCGAGAAGUUGUACGAUUUGCUGGUGAGCUGUGGUCACAGCAUGGAUGGCUACAAGCAGCUGAUGGAAUCCAUUAAUAUGCUGUUCCAAACCGAAGACAAGCAAUCCUUCCUGAAGAGUGGACAGACAAUGCUGACCAGACUGGAGGACUUUCUCCAAGAAGAUUUGAAUCCAGAGUUUCCAACAGCCCUUGAAUUUGAGAAUUUUCCAACAGAUAUGGGUGAGGUGCAACGAUUAAUGGACUCGAUCAGCAGUAUCCCGGUGCCAUCUGCCCCUUCAAUGUGUCCUCAGUUACAUGACACAGCAACCUCCAGCUCAGUGAGAGUUCGCUGGAGCCUUUCAGCUGACGAUACUGUGGAACAUUACCGACUGUAUUACAGAAAAGCAGGGGAGAACACACAAGAUGGAGAGGCUGCAGAUGCGUCGCUGAGGGUGAAGGAAAUGUUCUGCACAGUGAGGAAUCUACAGCCUGGUUCUGCCUAUCUGUUCUGGGUCACUGCCACCAACUGCGCCGGGGCAAGUGAGGAGAGUGAUCGAGCAGAGUACAUGACAGUUCCCUCAGCUCCGAGGAUCAGAAGCAGAGGGGUGGCAGUUUGCCAGAAUGCGGUGCUUAUGGAAUGGGAGCCUGGCCCUGAUCUUCCCCCACAGUCUUACACAGUGGAGUUCUGCCAAAUCUGCGGCGGCUGCAAUUGGACAGAGACACUCAUGGAGUCUCUCACAGGGAUAACUUCAUGUCAAGCAUUAAUUGAACUGGAGCCCAGUGAAAAUUACAUUUUCUACAUCAGAGGCGUGAAUAGAGGAGGCAGCAGUGAAAGAAGUCAGCCUAUUACUGUUCAAACCACGGGUACCCAGCUUUAUCUGCUGGAGCAGAGCGCACAUCUCUCACUCUCGAUCCUGCAUGACGGACUGACCAUCGUUUAUAAUGAGGAGGAGAGUCUGUUCACAGAGCCUCCUAUCAGUCAUGAGAGGUUCACAAGUGCUGCCACUGUCAUGGCACAAUUGGUACCAGUUCGAGGACGACAUUACUGGGAAGUGGAGGUAGAUGAGGACAUGGAGUACAGGAUUGGAGUGGCCUCCACAGACAUGCCACGGGACGGUCAUCUGGGCUCCAACCUUACUUCCUGGUGUAUGAGGCACAUCCGCACCCCACCCAGGAGUAAGUUUGAAUUCCUUCACAAAGGAUGGACUCCAGACCUGAGAAUCACUGUCACUCCAACCAGAAUCGGAAUUCUCCUGGACUACGACAUGGGGAAACUUUCUUUCUUCAAUGCAAACAUCUGUCAACUCCUCUUCACCUUUUCGCAGCACUUUCAGAAUCUUGUCAACCCUUGUUUUGCUUUGGAAAGUUACGGCAUUUUAAAAAUCUGUCAUAAUAUUCCCUUCCCUGAGUUCACCAAACUACAGUGAGAUUGUCCUUUUCCUUAGGCACAGGGAGUUAAACAGAAGGUUGGGUUUCACCUAAUUCUGUUCCUGUCUUAUGGUCUUUACAAGGUCACCCCUCAACCUCCUCUACAGGGAAAAUAGUCCAGCCUAUACUUCAAACUCUCCAGUUCCAGUAACAGCUUUAAAUUACUUUUUGCACCCUCUCCGAUUUAAGGACAUCCUUCCUUAUAGCAGCAGGGUGACCAGAACUGUACAGGAUACUCUAAAUGUGGCUUCACCAACAUCUUGUAAAGUUGUAACAUCGCACUCAAACUGCUGAACUCAAUAUUCUUACUACAUGCCAAAUGCCUUCUUCCUGCCACCCCCUUCAAAGAACAAUGCAUUUGCACACCCAGCUCUCUAUUCUACUACACAUUUUGUAAGUGCUAUCCUGGUUUUGCCUUAUUAAAACA